AUGGUAUUGCGCGUGCGAACGACGUUAGCGCACUGGCGCGGCGCUGGCGUGGCCUUGCGAAUAAAUACGCGCAGGUGGCGCGCGCGCAGGCUCGUCCCACCGCCACUCCUCUCUCCGCUGCUUUGGCGCCCAACGACGGACCGCUGCCAGCUUGCUACGAGCCGUAGCCCAGCUACUACACGUGCUACGAACUCUUUCUAA